UAGUUUAUCACUGGACAUGUAAACGUAGCAAGUGUCUGUAAAUUGGAUCCAAUUCGGGAAAAUCGAUAGUUUUCCAGUUUUCGAGUUCGCUUGUGAGAGGUGACGUUUUUGGAUUUGCGGAUUAAGGUGUUUUUACGGUCGCCGGGCGGGUACAGUGCGAAAUUCUACUGCAGAUCCCACUUCCGAUAAGAGCCAUUUGGGUCGCCCUCGUCUGUUUAUAAGGAAAUCGCUUGUGUUGGGCACAGUUGGCGUGAAAGAUGGCACCUGUUCGAGGUGAUGGAAUGCGAGGACUGGCCGUCUUCAUAUCUGACAUCCGAAAUUGUAAAAGUAAAGAAGCGGAAAUAAAACGCAUUAACAAAGAACUGGCCAACAUUAGAAGCAAAUUCAAGGGCGACAAAACUUUAGAUGGCUACCAGAAAAAAAAAUACGUGUGUAAGCUGCUGUUUAUAUUUCUACUAGGCCACGAUAUAGACUUCGGGCAUAUGGAAGCUGUGAAUUUGCUGUCUUCUAACAAAUACUCAGAGAAACAAAUUGGAUAUUUAUUCAUUUCGGUAUUGGUCAACACAAACAGUGAUCUUAUUAAGCUGAUAAUUCAGUCUAUCAAAAAUGAUCUUCAGUCUCGCAAUCCAGUCCACGUGAAUCUCGCAUUGCAAUGCAUUGCAAACAUUGGCAGCCGCGAUAUGGCUGAAGCAUUCACUAAUGAAAUACCAAAGUUGUUAGUCUCUGGAGACACAAUGGAUGUUGUGAAACAGUCAGCAGCUCUUUGUCUACUGCGAUUAUUCCGUACUUGCCCUGAGAUUAUUCCCGGGGGUGAAUGGACCAGUCGCAUCAUUCACCUAUUGAAUGACCAGCACAUGGGCGUCGUAACGGCAGCGACUUCCCUGAUUGACGCGCUGGUAAAGAAGAAUCCCGAGGAGUACAAAGGAUGUGUGAAUCUCGCUGUUUCUCGACUGUCGCGUAUCGUUACAGCCAGCUAUACUGAUCUACAAGACUACACGUAUUAUUUCGUCCCGGCACCAUGGCUUUCUGUUAAAUUGUUACGCUUACUUCAAAAUUACAACCCUGUCACUGAGGAGCCAGGAGUUCGAGCACGCUUGAAUGAAACACUCGAAACGAUUCUGAACAAAGCACAGGAGCCUCCUAAGAGUAAAAAGGUUCAACAUUCAAAUGCAAAGAAUGCGGUGCUGUUCGAAGCCAUAAACUUGAUUAUUCACAGCGACAGCGAACCGAAUUUGUUGGUUCGUGCUUGCAAUCAAUUGGGACAAUUCUUGAGUAAUCGCGAAACAAAUUUGCGCUAUUUGGCGUUGGAAUCUAUGUGCCAUUUGGCUACUUCAGAAUUCUCCCAUGACGAAGUGAAGAAACACCAGGAAGUGGUGAUUUUAUCAAUGAAGAUGGAAAAAGACGUAUCGGUUAGGCAGCAAGCAGUAGAUCUUUUGUAUGCAAUGUGUGAUCGUAGCAAUGCCGAGGAGAUUGUUCAGGAAAUGUUAAACUACUUGGAAACGGCUGAUUAUUCUAUUCGUGAGGAAAUGGUACUCAAAGUGGCUAUACUUGCUGAGAAAUAUGCAAGUGACUUCACAUGGUAUGUUGACGUGAUAUUGAACUUGAUCCGAAUUGCUGGCGAUUAUGUAUCGGAAGAGGUUUGGUAUCGUGUCAUACAAAUCGUCAUCAAUCGCGAAGAAGUGCAAGGAUACGCCGCUAAGACGGUUUUCGAAGCUCUCCAAGCGCCUGCAUGUCACGAGAAUAUGGUUAAAGUUGGUGGUUACAUCCUAGGUGAAUUCGGCAAUCUAAUCGCAGGUGAUUCACGGUCCGCACCACUGAUUCAAUUCAAACUGCUCCAUUCAAAGUAUCACUUAUGUUCACCAAUGACGCGUGCUCUGCUUCUGUCCACAUACAUCAAAUUCAUUAAUCUAUUCCCUGAGAUUCGGACGAAUAUUCAGGAGGUGUUUAGACAACAUAGCAAUCUACGGUCGGCUGAUGCCGAGCUGCAACAACGCGCGAGUGAAUAUCUUCAGCUGAGUAUAGUGGCAUCGGCUGAUGUUCUAGCAACAGUUCUGGAAGAGAUGCCUUCAUUCCCGGAAAGAGAAAGUUCGAUAUUAGCUGUACUGAAGAAGAAGAAGCCAGGAAGGGUGCCUGAGAAUGAAAUCAAGGAGUCGCGUAGUCCGUUACCAAUUGGUCAACAACAAAAUGCUCAAACGAAUCAUAAGACAAGUAAUAACACAAACGCUGAUCUAUUAGGACUCAAUACUCCGCCAUCGGGAGCGAACAACACAACCACAUCAACACUAAUCGAUGUCUUGGGCGAUAUUUACAGUGGCACAAACAACACAGCGAAUGCUGCUGUGAGCAAUUCAAAGAAAUUUAUCUUUAAGAAUAACGGGAUUCUGUUCGAAAAUGAUUUAAUACAAAUCGGAGUGAAGAGCGAAUUCAGACAGAACCUAGGUCGUUUGGGGCUUUUCUAUGGAAAUAAAACCCAAGUUCCACUUCAGAACUUCUCUCCGAAACUCCGUUGGGCACCUGAGAAUGCUGUGAAACUCAAUGUUCAGAUCAAACCAAUCGAACCAACUCUAGAGGCCGGGGCUCAAAUCCAGCAACUUCUUACCGCUGAAUGCAUCGAAGACUAUCCAGAUUCGCCAUCAAUCGAUAUUGAAUUCCGCUACAAUGGGGCACCGCAGAAGAUUAGUGUAAAACUACCGCUGACUAUCAAUAAAUUCUUUGAACCAACCGAAAUGAACGCUGAAUCUUUCUUCGCACGAUGGAAAAAUCUAGGAGGUAGUGAGCAGCAGCGAGCACAAAAAGUAUUCAAGGCACAAGUUCCGCUAGAUUUGCCUGGUGCCCGGAAUAAGCUUCUUGGCUUUGGUAUGCAGCUAUUAGACGGGAUCGAUCCAAAUCCAGACAAUAUGGUAUGCGCCGGAAUCAUACAUACGCAAACGCAACAAGUUGGUUGCCUAUUACGCUUGGAACCAAACAGACAAGCUCAGAUGUUCCGCCUAACGAUUCGUUCCAGCAAAGAAUCAGUGACUCUGGAGGUUUGCAAUCUACUUGCAGAUCAGUUCUAAGACGCGAACUACACUCGCAGAAAAUCGGAUUUAGUGCUAUUUUUUUAUUUCGCCUCAAGUUGUAUAGUUGGGACAGUUUCGAUUGAAGCGAAUGAAUGAGGUGUUCUUUUGUUGAUUUAGGGGAUGUAAAUUUGCGUGGGUUCUGUCUGUUCAAUGUUAUGCGUGUUAUGUUAAAAAGUUCGAUUUGAUUGCUGAGAGCUUCAAUAAAAUUCUGACCUCGUUUUUUAUACCUUUUUAAAAGCUUCUCCAAACAUUAUCAAAGAUGCAUGAAUGAGAUCAAUUGGAAACGCGGGUGUUGCAUUCAAAGGACUCAUUUUUUGUUAUUCAUUAAACGCCAAUCGUUCGCUAAAUUCGCACUUCGUGACUUAUGAUUGUCUGUUGUUGGAGUAAAAUUGUUAGCUUCCAAUUAUCAUUCUUCCGGAAGAAUCUCAUUCGUUCGUUUUACAUCGAGGUGGACCAAAAGUAUUGAAAACUAUCUGUAAACAAGGCUUAUAUCGUUUAUUCUUGAUUAUGAAAAUAUGAUUAGUGAAUAUAACAUGAUGGAAAGACACAAAUUGAAAAUUUGAAGUCUGUAGGAAACGUAUAACGCGAAGUUAUAUUGGAAAAAUAAUGAAUUUGAACAAAUUUAUCUUUACACGUAUGUGAAAAAUAAAUAAAAAAUAAUAUAAAUGAGAUAAAUAUUGUAAUCUAGUAUGCUAAGAUAAGAGAAGCAACACACACUUCGAAUAUAUUGAAAACAAGUUAUGAACUUUUUUCCUUACUGUUAAAUAAAGUAAUAAUGUGUAUCAGAA